AUCAACUAACAUGGUUGCAUAGUACUCAUAGCAAUCCCUCAUUGCCCAAUCAGAAGAUGCGCCAUAGCAGGGUGCUCAUAUCAGAUUUCUUGAUCCAACAUCUUCUCACACUGUAUCUCUUACAGUCAGUAGACAUGGAGGAUGGGAAGCCUGAUCUGCUGCUGGCCAAAGAGGAGACAAUAGAAGACGGACCAGAGAGCAUUGACCUGCUGAGUGGACUAAAGAUAGGGCAGCAAGGUGAAGGACAUCUCACUGGAGGCCACAGGAGCUUUGUGAAGCCAGCGGGACACAAUACAUGGAAUGAUGACCAACCAAUUACUGUUGAUGAGGGGAGUGGAUCCUCAACCCAGCACGUUAUCGUGAUAGAGUCUGCAGAUGCAGAGGCUGCAGGUCCUGGGAUCAAGCUGGAGAGGUCUGAAGGAGAGGAGAACCCAUGGCACAGCAGAGACAUCCAGACUGUAGUCAAGGAGGACCCUACCACUGCCGCAGCGCAGCCCAGGACCCAACGCAGUGUCACCGAGGUCAGUGGAACGCUGAACGCCAUCCUCAAGUCAAAGACAGACACCAAGACUUUAACUGUAACACACAGGCUCUUACACACAGGACCUGACCACAUAUCAGACCCAGGUUUGGGGAGACUGAGCUGUCCUCCUGCUCCCGGCUCUGACUAUUUACCGGUAUUUCACCAGAGCCAAAGGACUGUUCAUUCCCGUGGGGAUGGUGAUGGUGACGCGUUAGACACUGGCGGUGAUGAUCCGUAUUGUUCUUACACUACAGAGAAGGACCCUGGCAACAUGCCCUUGGGUUUAGACACACAGAAUGAUCUGUCUAUAGGGGACUGGAACCGGGAUAGUAGUGGUGUAUUCUCUGAAGGGUAUUUAGAUAAGAAUGGGGAGGGUCUGGUCAUAGAUGAAGUGACUGUGAAAUUGGAGGGCGACGUUCCUCCCACAUGGAAUGCAGAUAAUCACCUAGGAGAAGGACACUCGCAGGGCAGAGAUUUCUUAGACUACAGGGAAAGCUUAGAGACAAAUCCAAAUGUUGCGACCCACUCCCCUUUACACAUGCUCAGAGAUCGCGACCCGGUGUCCACGUCGAUGGGGUCUUCCGAUUCACACGGCCAUGUCUUUUUUGAUCAGGUAUUGAACUCAAACAACAGGGCUAAAUCCCAAGCUCGGGGAGGGGCAGCAACAUCAGGCAAUAGUAAAGAUAAACGAUUCUUCUGCAUGUUCUGUAACAAAGGCUUCAGCUGCCCCCAGAAGGUGGAGAUCCACCAGAGGGUCCACACAGGGGAGAAACCAUUCAGCUGCACCCAGUGCCACAUGCGCUUCACAGAGGCUGGCACCCUGAAGAGGCACCAGAGGGUCCACACAGGGGAGAAACCUUACAGCUGCCCCCAGUGUGAGAAGAGGUUCUCCCGCCAGGACAAGCUGAAGAGGCACCUGAAGGUCCACACGGGAGAGAGGCCAUUCGCCUGUACGCACUGCGGGAAGAGGUUCUCAGAGAGGAGCUACCUCAGAAUACACCAGCAGAAAAACCAUUCCACUCUAUAACAUACACAGUAACCAUUCCAUUUGAUAGCUUCUGACGUUUACAUCAAACCCUGCAUUAAAGAUAGACUUUCAAUUUCCGCAACAACUACGAGCUUUGGAAGUGCAAGGACUAGACAUUGUGGAAUAUACACAGAGUUUACAAAACAUCAAGAACACCUGCUCUUUCCAUGACAUAGACUGACCAGGUGAAAGCUAUGAUCCCUUAUUGAUGUCACCUGUUAAA